AUGAAAGAAGCAGUCAUCUCUAAAGGACCCAAAGUCCAGAUUGUCGACUCUCCGAUUCCAGAGCCGAAGCCUGGACAAGUUGUCACGAAAGUGGUGUUCAGCGGCAGUAAUCCCAAAGAUUGGAAGAUACCGGAAUGGAUGCCAGACAUUCCCGCCAUGAACGGAGGCGACGACAUAGCGGGCAUUGUACACAGCGUCGGCGAGGGCGUUAUUGAGUUCAGGCCAGGAGACCGGGUGGCUGCGUUCCACGAGAUGUUACAGGCGGGUGGCAGUUAUGCUGAGUAUGCUGUCUCGUGGGCGCAUACUACGUUCCGCCUGCCGGACAAGACGAGUUUCGAAGAGGGAGCCGCACUCCCGCUGGCAGCUCUGACUGCUGCUGUUGGCCUCUAUGGCACCCACAAGCUUAAUCUCCCUCAGCCGUGGUCUCCAGCAAAGGAACCUAUCCCACUACUAGUGUAUGGAGCUGCUUCCGCCGUUGGAGCGUAUGUCGUUCAACUGGCGGCCAAGUCCAACAUCCACCCGCUCAUCUGUGUCGCCGGCCGCGCUCAGCAGCAUGUUGAGAGUAUGAUUGAUCGCUCCAAAGGCGACACGAUUGUCGACUAUCGCCAAGGAAACGACGCAGUUGUAAAAGGCAUCCAGGACGCUCUCAAAGGCAAGAAACUGGAGUACGCCUACGACGCGGUUGCCGAGCUCGAGAAGAACACGAUCCAGAACAUCGCUCAGGUUCUCGACAAGCAGAGUGGCAACGUCACCCUGGUCCUCCCACCAAAGGGCGGAUGGGAGGCUAAGUGGGAAGAGUUUGGGGACGGCAUCCAUCAGUCGCCGACCAACGUAGGUGGCGUGCACAAAGAGAUGAAGGACCUUGGGUUCGUGUUCUGCAGGUACUUCACUCGGGGGCUCGAGGAAGGUUGGUUCAAGGGCCAACCACAGGAGAUCGUGCCAGGCGGGUUAGCUGGUGUCGAGACUGCGCUGGGUAAACUGAAGGAUGGGACUGCGAGUGCGGUCAAGUAUGUCUUCAAGAUCAGCGAUACUGAGGGGGCUGGCAGUGGGAAGUAA